AUGGCGAACACUGCUGGUAUGUUUGGCGCCACGGUUCCGACCAAGAAGAGGCCCAGUCCCGCGCCGCCGAUUAGGAAGGGCAAGGGCAAGGGCAAGGGCGCCAAGCCUGCAGGUCAUGACCACCCGGCCCCCAAGUGGGAAGGUCCUCCUGCUCCAGCAGCCAUGGAUGACCACGUCGAGGACGAAGCUGCGAAGCGAGCUCGCCUGCAGGAGACCGCGGCCAUGAAGAUCCUGAAGCUCAAGACCUUGCCAGGUCAGCAGGAGGACAAGUUCACGGAUCUGGUGAUCAUCAGCGUGGACGGCUCUCUGCUCGAGAAUGCUCGGUCCGACGAGCAGCGCGAGAAGAACAACGUGGCAUGGAAGAUUUCUGGGCGCUACUGGAAUCUCGGCAUGAUCGACGGCAGCGCGGUCUACAGACAGGAACCGCCACAGAACUCCAGCAGCUGGCUGAACAGCGAACAAGUGUUCUUGUGGCGCAACGGCCACAUGAAGGAGGUGAACCACAGCGGGUGGUACAUCGCGAAGAGCAUGUCGCUCGAGAAGAAGGAGUUCGAGUCGGAGGGGAACAUCUACGCGUGGUGCCCGUCGCGCCCAAGUGCGCCGCAGACGUUCCCCGAGGUGGCUCACAUCCCGCACUGGUGCAAGACGCAGCACCAAGCGGUUUCCAUCAAGAGCGGGGUCGUCUUGCUCCACGAGCUCGCGGCGGCCGCGAAGGAAGGCGCCCAGACGCACAAGUGGCUCAUCGGGCAGCUCGCGUGCUCGGGCUGGCAGACUUCGUCUGACUGGAAGGCGUUCGCGGAGGCGAUCAUGGUGGCGACGGAGAUGUCAGUCGACUUAAACAUCUCCGACGAGCAGCUGAAUUGGUGGAUUAUAAAUGCCAGCGAGGCAGCGGCGCUGAUGGAGACUGGGGCAGGCCUCUGA